GUUUGCCCUCAGUUAGCGACCGGACCCAAAAGUGUGCGGCUUUUUGCGUGACCGGGCUAGGGAGUCAGCGCGAGCGUCACCCGUCGUUUGUCUUCGGAGUCUUCAGAUUCCGAGGGUCCACCCACGGAGCGGGCUUGUCUACGCCUCUCCCCUCCGAGCUUCCGAACGUGCGGCCGGGGCUCACCCCUCUCACCUCCGCGCCGACCCUGGGCAAGGGGAAGGCAGGAUGGAGUUCAAGCUGGAGGCUCAUCGCAUCGUCAGCAUCUCGCUGGGCAAGAUCUACAACUCCCGGGUCCAGCGCGGCGGCAUCAAGCUGCACAAGAACCUGCUGGUCUCGCUGGUGCUUCGCAGCGCCCGCCAGGUAUACCUGAGUGACCCGUGCCCGGGCCUCUACCUGGCCGGCCCCGCGGGGAGCCCCGGCGCCCCGCCGCAGCAGUCCUGGGAGCCGCCGCAGCAGACCCGGGAGCCGCAGCAGUCCCGGGAGCCGGCAGCCAGGCCACCCGCCGGCUGGGGGGAGCCGCCACCGCCGGCCGCCCGCGCCACCUGGCAGGAGGCCGAGCCGCAGCCGGAGCGUCCCGCUGCCCCAGGCGAGCCGCGGACGGGUGGCGCGGAGCCCGCGGCCGCUGUGACGGGAACCGGGGACACUCUGCUGGGCGGAGAGGCGGAGGCGGCGGAAGCUGCCUGGCGCCGCGUGGAGGGACCGCACAAGGUGGAGGCCGGAGAGCCCAGGGUCCCCGCCGGAGGCUCGGACCUUUUCCCCGAGGAGCCUCGGGCCGCGCGCCGCCACUGCUGCUGCCCGGUGGGCAGGGAGGACAAGCCGGGCGCCCCGACCGGGUCCCGGCGCGCUGACUGCCGCUGCGCCUCCAGGGCCGCCGACGACGAGCCCCCCGCGCCGCCCCCCGUCUGCCCCAGGAAGCGCAGCGCGGCGGGGGCGGGCGGCGGCCCCGCGGGCUGCCCGGUGCCCGACUCGACCCCGCUGAAGAAGCCCCGCCGGCACCUGGAGGAGCAGCCGGGCGGGGGAGACGAGGAGGAGGAGAUGGAGACCGGUAACGUGGCGAAUCUCAUUAGCAUUUUCGGUUCCAGCUUCUCGGGACUCUUACGGAAAAAAAGCCCCGGGGGCGGCCUGGAGGAAGAAGAGGGCGAGGAGAGCGCGCCGGAAGCCGCCGAGCCCGGGCAGAUCUGCUGCGAUAAGCCGGUGCUGAGAGACAUGAGCCCUUGGAGCACAGCCAUCGUGGCCUUCUGAGCCCCCCGGGUCCCUGCGAGGGAAGGAGAUUGAGCAGUGGGCGUCCUCGAAUGGAGGGCUGGGCCUCUCCCGGCUGCGAGGACCCCCCAGACCGUAGGCGCUGGGCGCGCUGGGCAGACUGGUGGCUGCCGGGCGGCAGAAACCGCCUGUGGGCUCGGCAGCCCUGCUGUGCCACGACUCGGGAGCCUCGUCUCGAGACUUGGGAGUUGGAGGCUUUGGGGAAGAGAACGAUUGUUAACUUUUGUGUAUGUGUAUGUCUGUGUGUAUGCAAGUUUGUCUUGUUGAAUUAAGACUAUUUUGUCUUUCUUGAAUGCAUCACCCCUUCCCGCGGGCUUAAGAGAUCGGGGGCAGACAGGGACUUUCCUCUGCCGACAGCACCGAGAAGGAAGCGGAGAAAAUGGGGAGUUCCCCAUUCGUUCUCAGGGGAGGAAGGGACUUUACACACACCCCUCACAUGAAAGCUAGAGCCACACCAGGGCCCGGAGUGGCGUUUCCUCACAGGAUUUCCUAAGACUAGAGGGAUUUAGUCUGGAGCCAGAGACUUAUGUUAUUUCUCUCCCUCCCCACCUUUCUCUCUCAACGAAGAAACGUUUAUACCCUGUGAUUACUCUGGGAAAGGGAAUAUUAACAGCCCAUCUCUUUCUCACAGGGUAGAAAGCUUGAUAAACUUCCCAGAAGAGUUCAAGCUUGGAAAUAGGGAGUUCAUAGAGAAAAGAUACAUUUUUAAAAGCUCUAGCUCAGAACUACUACACAGUGUUUUUAAAAAGUGUUGCCUGAAACAAAGUUUACAGACAGAAGCCCUAAGUGGAAAGACCUUAUGGUUUUGUAGACAUGGCGACUCCAGUCUUUGUUGUAUAAAGGUUGGGGGAGCUGAUAAGGUUUUUGUACAGUAUUUUCUCCUUCAAUGUAUUGAUUUUUGUAUAAAAAUGUAACUUUACGUGUCUAACACGUAUUAAAUAUUUUGAAGCAAAUUCACUGGCUCCUUGUCUGUAAUCACCUGUCUUGGUUGGGAAGGAAGUGGGAGGAGGGGAACUAAGGUCUCCACCAGAAAAUUGAAGAUGUGAUUCUUAAUAUCAGUCUUACACAGACUGGGGGACAUGGUUUGAGACUUCACUAAAUAUCAAAAGAGACAUAUGUAAGGUUUUCUCUCCAGAUCUGAGGGCUGCUAUUAAAAUAUCAAUAGCCUGCCUGUUUCUUGAAACCUGCCACUACACUCCCCUUUAAAAGUCAAUUUAGGCCAAUUUGAUUUUCUACAGACCAGUCUAAUAAUAAUCUGUUUAAUAUUAAAUAACUUAAGGUUCAACUUUUGAAGCCUUUCCCAUCUAUAAAAAUACUUCCACCCGAACUUUCUUUUAGUCCUUGUUAAACUGUAAAGCAUGGGUCGUCAUUCAGCUUUGUUAUUGAAAAAAAAAAAAAAAAAGUUUGGAUAGUAGCUUACUUCAGAAGUCUAGUAGAACUAUGAGGAAGCUAAUGAGACUGACUCGUCCAACUGGUCAGAUCCGUCUCUGCAUUCCAGUGAAUGUCAGGAUGGAAAUUUUAAGUUUUUUUUUUUUUUUUCUUCUUUUAUGGAUAGAAAGCAAAUGCCUCAGUGAAAGGGAAAUUGCUCGUUUCAAACCAGUUAAGGUAGGAGGCCAAGGAGGGCUAGGCAAAUUUGGCUUCUCACUUAGGAAAACUUCUGAGUCACUUUUGUAACCCAAAUGGUGACAUCAGUGUUUGGAUGAAGGUAAAUGGGUGAUGACAACCAAGUCAUCAGUUGAUUUUACUAAAAUUACUGGAUUCAAGAGAACUUUUUCUUUUUGUCUAGGAAAAAUGUUCCAAUAUUUGAAGGGUAUUGUACCCAUUUCAGAAGCAAACCAAUUAGAGAAUGAUGUCCUAAAAUAUGGUAGUACUUUAAAAGAUGGCACUUGCCUAUGACUUAUGAGUAAACAGGGUGUUGAAGACAUGGGAAAAACGGAAGAAAAAUGAGACACAGCUUUAAGUAAAGGUCGUGGCCUUUGAAGGAACCCUGGUGGCGCAGUUUUUAAGUGCUCAGCUUUUAAAGGAAACCCGCCAGCCACUCUGCGAGUAAAGAUUUACAGCCUUGGAAACGGUAUGGGGUGGUUCUGCUCUGUUCUCUGGUUGCUGUGAGUCAGAAUCCACAGCAACAGUUUCGGUUUUUUGGUUUAUGACCUUUGAGCAGAAGGAGCAUAUGUGUGGUGCCUUGGUUUUACCAAAGUCCUGAGUAUUGGAAGUUCUGCCAAACCUAAGUUGGCCAGUAUUUUGAUAUUUUUUGUAAAUCUAUUAGUGGUUCCUUAAGUAUAAGGGUUCAAAAACAACUUAUUUUGUGUCCACCACUGUAAUAUAUUCCUAGAAUUAAACAUUCUUUAGUUAGGCUCUUGUUAAAAUUGACUUUUUUUUUCCCCAGAGAUUAGCUACUUAAGUUCUAUUAUAGCCACAAAAGAUCCAUUGAGUACUGACUACUUAAACUGAAGAAGGUGCUCAGGGCUUAAUUCUGCAAACGUUUCCUGUUGUUAGAAAGUAAUUAUUACACUCAAACAGAUAUCUCAGUGCAUUUUUAUAUUUGAAGGGGGGUAACAUUUGGUGUGUUUAAGGGAGUUGAUAUGAUUUAGGUGAGACUAAAGUUUUGUGUUGAUCCUUAGUUUCACAUUAAAAUGAACCAUGGGACCAUGUGUCUGCUUAAUUUAGAGACUGUAAAUUGGUAUAUUUGAUUUGGGGGGAGGUACAGGCUUCUAGGGAAUUAAAAAGAUCAUAUUACUACAAUACUGUUUUAGAAGCAUUAUGUAUAGUGGUUAGAACAUGGGCUCUGUGUGGAUCCAGACUGCCUGAAUUUGUAUCUAGGCUCUGCCACUUACUAGCUUUGGGACCCUGCACAAGUUACUUCUCUCUGUGCCUCAGUUUGCUCAAAUGUGAAAUUGGGAUAAUUCUAUCUACCUCAUACGAAAAAACGAAACCUGCUACCAUGGAGUCAGUUACAACCCUAUAGGACAGGGUAGAACUGCUCCAUAGAGUUGCCAAGGAGCGCCUGGUAGAUUCGAACUGCCGAGUCUUUUGGUUAGCAGCUGUAGCUCUUAACCACUACGCCACCAGGGUUUCCAAUAGAGAUGUGAAAAUGAAACGGUUAAUGUAUAUAAAGCUCUUAGAAAAGUACCUGAUAACGUUUACUAGUAAGCGCUCAGUUGUUAAUAUAGAAGUCAAUUCUCUGUAUAACUCAGAUCUGUUAUGGUUAAAGAAUUGUCUAUAAGAAAGGAGAAGAAGGGAGAAUAUAUUUUCAAAUUAUCCUAUCUGUGAAUGCUGGGUUCUUUUAUUCUGGUUUUCUCAGGACACUUAGCAGUCACUAAGCUUUAUUCCAAUAGUAUAGUUUUGCUGCUGUGUGUCUCACACCAACCCUAUGAUUCCUGAUUGUAUCAAACAACUCUAUUUUCAGGGAAGAGUAAGCAGGGAAGAAAAUAUCACGAAGCAAAGAUCUUGUUGAUCUUGUUGACGUACAAAUGCUUUCUGUGGAUGAGUAAAGGGGGUGGGGUGGAAAAACAGCCCACAGAGUUAUUUUUAACCUGAAUUGCUUGGACAUUGAAUAUUUCCUAAACCUUGCUAAUUGAUGAUAGGUCCUGGAAAAAACCUUCCCGAUGCCAAAACAGGGUUAUCACAUGCAACUAAAUCAGAUUCGGUGCGAUCAGAAGUGAGUCCAGAUUUCUAGCACCUACCAUGUUCUUGACCACUCUGACAGGAACCUGGUUUCUUGAUCAAAUUAACCUUUGCUUUGGUCUGGAAAAAAAUUUUUCGACUGCCAUAUAAAAGCCAGAUGUUUAAAGUCCUUUUGACAGGUACUCCAAGAAGAUCACAUUAAUAGGGAACAAAGUUUUAUUAUACUACUUCUUAGCCAUGUCACUUUAAACCUGUCUUUACUCUCAGAAACCACUGAUGGUAUUUGGGGAAAGGAACUGAUGAUAGAAAGCUUGAACUGUUCCUCCAAAGUAAUUAGGUUUUCUCUAUGGUACCUAAUAGAGCAAUAAUAACCCUUCCAUUCCUCCCAUUCAUCCCUGAUUGGAUUUGGGGAUGAGAAGUGAGAGGGAAUGGGUCAUUUAACAACUUUGGAAGAAUGCUUCUCAGAAUAAGGAUGUAGUAAAUAUUAGGAAAAGAAUUAGUGACAAAAAAAUGCCCCAUUU